AUGCGAGUCGACCAAGACCUGCCUCGGGAGUUUGGAGAUCGGUAUUUCCAACAGCCAAUGGACGAACACUGCAUCGGGCGCCGCUGGUCACUCUUCAAACAUCCAAGCCACCUCGCAGAUGUUCCUUUGCUUGUCGAGUCCCUUUCACCCGAGCUCCUAGAUUCAAAAUUUCUGGACAAAUUCUCCUCUCUCAAGUACCAGAUCCGCGGUGAAUACAUCAUCGUUCACUCGCUUCUUCGAAGAGAUCGAGGAAUCUCAUGCCAUGUGGAAUGUCCUCAAACUAUCAACUGUCACCCAACUUCGACACGAACGCAAAGCAGAGAGACAUGGGCACCGCGCCCAGCGAAAGCGACAGGGGGAUGA